AAAUUAAUAAGUAGUAGUCUUUUAUUUUAUUCAAGGAAACAAUAUAUUCAUUUUAGUAAAGCAAUAAUAAUUAUUUUAUAAUACUAGAAGAUGAUUAAAUUUACAUUGUAUUUUACUAGUGUUCUGUUGAGUUUUAUUGAUCAAUCACAAAUGAAUGGAUGGUGUUUUAUGGAGGAUGUUUUUGUAAACAUAACACCAAUAUGUGACCCAAAUGAAGAUACAAUAAACAACGAUCCAGCAGAUAUAUCAAAUGAUAAUGCAGUAAAUACUUCAGAAGGUGACCCAAAUGAAGAUACAAUAAACAACGAUCCAGCAGAUAUAUCAAAUGAUAAUGCAGUAAAUACUUCAGAAGAUAAUACAGUAAAUAAUUCAGAAGAUUUAUUAUGUCAUAUUUGCCAACAAGAGACAAACUCAGUUACCAUCUCCCCCUGUGGUCACAUUGUAGGAAACUAUUGCGCAAAUAAAUUCUCAAGAGGUGACGUAGAUUGUCCUUUUUGUAUUCGAAAGAUUGAAAAUUUUGAAAACUUAUUUAGUUUGACAGAUCAUGAAUUUGAAAAACGAAGCCCGUACCGAUUACGUGUCCUUACUGAAAACGAAACAAAUAAUUUAAAGUCUAAAAUUCAGAAUGGCAUGACUGACGAGGAAUUUAUGGCACGUUUUUGGUACCUUCGACGUUGCCAAGAACCUGAUAGAUCUUUGCUGUUGAACAUUAGAUCUCAUAUUAUAACUCUUGAUGAUCGUAUAUAUAUCGCGGAACUAAAAGGGAAACUAUUGUCUGGCGAAAUUUCAGAAAUUGAUGUAUACAAAAAUCAUUUUAAACAAGAAUUAAAUAAUAUAGAAUAUGUUAUGCUAUAUUUAUUUUAUACAGAAUUCCAAAAUCCUUAUAAAGAAUACGAAUUUAAAGUACGAAAUAAUUACCUUGAUUUUAUUUAUACGUAAUUAUUUAUAGAUACUAAAUUAAUUAAAAUGUAAAACAAUUUAAGAAAAUUUUUUUAACUAUGUAGUUAAAUAUUUAUUGGUUUAUUGCUUAUCAAUGUGUAAUAUUUCAUUGAUGAAUAAAAAACUUAUUAAACAAAAAUGUAAAAGUAA